AGUCGAACGGAGUGAACAAUGCUUCUCUCCUCGCGAAAAGAGGGUAAGCUUGUGAUGAUCAAGGCGUGUUGAUGAUUACGAUGCUCACAAAGUUACGAUGUGAGUUACUUUGCGCAAUAUAAUUACAUUUAUUUCGGUACAGAUUUAUUGUAGAGGAAUGAUUAAAGGGAAUAGUUUUCGUGAAUAAUUCUAGGAAUAAAAAAACAAAUAUGAGCUACACAGCGGAUAGUCGAGGUGCCUUCAAUGGCUCAGCAUCUGCCUCUUACACCCCAGGGAACCAUACCUUAACACUUGACAGUCAGGAUCAUCUUAGUGAGCCAGAUCAGGGCUAUUCGUACGGUUAUACGCCAAGUAUUACGCCAACACACUCAUACAGUACUGCUAGGUCCGAACCUGGAACGUUGCAGUCGAAUCGCUCUCUGGCUGCUCGUAAAGGAAAACUUAUGCCGCUGAAAGUACAAAUGUUGGAUGACUCUAUUGUAGCUUUCCAAUUACCGUCGCAUGCGCUUGGUGUGGAUCUACUGGAGGCUUGUUGUCAGAGUCUUAAUCUUUUGGAAAGCGACUAUUUCGGGCUUCAGUUUUACUCAAAAGACGACGUACCGAUAUGGCUAGACAGCGAGAAGAUGAUUAUAAAACAACUGGCGGCUCCAAAGAAAACAAACUUUUUGUUUACUGUCAAGUUUUACAUUCCUGACCCAGGUCAACUUCAGGAUGAAUUUACAAAGUAUCUGUAUGCUCUCCAAAUCAAGAAGGACCUUGCCAAUGGUAAACUGCCAUGCUCUGAAAACACUGCAGCACUCAUGGCCUCAUAUGUUUUACAAGCGGAAGUAGGCGAUUAUAACCCAACAGAGCAUGACAAUGGCAUGUACAUCACCAUUAAAUUUGUGCCAAAUCAAACCAAGCAGUUAGAGGCAAAGAUACAAGAAUACCACAAAAACCAUGUGGGCCAGACCCCGGCCGAUGCUGACUUCAACCUCCUUGAUGUUGCCCGCCGACUUGAGAUGUACGGUGUUCACACGUUUCCCGCGAAAGAUUACGAGAACAUUCAACUGUUUCUAGCAGUCACGAGCCAGGGUGUGUCUGUGUUCCAAAACAACAUGAAAAUUAACACAUUCUCAUGGGCUAAGAUUAGGAAGCUGAGUUUCAAGAGAAAGAGAUUCCUGGUGAAGCUCCACCCUGAGGGAUAUGGUUAUCCACGGAGCACUGUUGAGUUCCUGCUCGGGUCACGGAAUGAUUGCAAACGUUUCUGGAAGAACUGUGUAGAGCAUCAUACUUUCUUCAGACAUAUUCAAGCCAAACGGACGCGUCCUCGUCGCCGCCUGAUGAGCCGAGGUUCUUCUUUUAGAUACAGUGGGCGUACUCAGAAACAAGUGACAGACCAGAUAAGAGAUGGUUAUGUAAGAAGAACAGGUGUCACAAAUACUCUGAACGCGUCACGCGUAUCCACAAGAAGCCUCGGUGCCCCACGUACAACAACACCCUUGACAAUAGACAUGACAGACCCAGCUAUCUCAGACCACCAGAUUGGAGGUGGCGAUUCACGUUAUGAGGCCUACAAUUCACACACAAUAGAACACCACUAUGACUACCAACCACCAGAUAAAAACGAUGUGGAGCAUACGACAUCUGGCACAGAAGCUGCAUGGAAUACGGAUGUGUCCUCGGCACCUACGACCCCUCAACAUAGCAACUCGCGUAUUGUUAUCCAACGUGGACAAUCAGAUUCUAGUAAUCUUUAUGAGUACCAGGUUAAUGAUGAUGAUGGCACAAAUGGUAUCCUAAGUGGAGAUGAAGGCAGGUCGUCAGUUCACAGCUUCAAUCCCGCUUCUCCAACACGGAAGGAACCAAUUCAUGUGGAGUAUGCUACCCAGAGUGCCCCAGAAGAUGUCCGGCCUGCUGACAACACAGAUCGUAUGAGUUCUGAAGCUUAUGUAAACAUUGCAACUCCACCCAUGCCUGCCAUCAAGACCACUGCCAUCAUUCAAGAGGAACCAGUGGCACAUCCACCACCAGAAGAGGAGACAGGGAGGAAAAAGCGGCACUCUCCAGAUAGAGCAUACUUUAUCGCUAAGGAGAUCCUAACAACAGAAAGAACCUACUUAAAAGAUAUUGAAGUUAUUGUAGUUUGGUUCAGAAAAGCAGUGACCAAUGAGAGUAACUUACCUGAAAUCCUUGAAAUACUGUUUAGUAAUCUUGAUCCAAUCUAUGAUUUCCAUUGCAAGUUUCUGAAAGAGGUUGAACAAAGGCUUGCCACAUGGGAGGGAAGAUCAAAUGCACACCUCAAGGGGAAUUACCAGCGAAUUGGUGAUGUAAUGUUGAAGAAUAUUCAAAACUUAAAGUUGUACACCAGUUACAUAGAGAAGAUUGAGCAGAUUAUCACAGAACUCGAGGUUGCCACCAAGAAAAACAAGAAGUUUGAGCACUUCUACAAAGACUUUGAGCUGCAGAAGGUGUGUUACCUGCCGUUUAACACAUUCCUACUUAAACCAGUUCAAAGGUUACUCCACUACCGGGUCGUACUAGAACGGCUUGUGAAACAUUAUCCACAAAACCACCCAGACUUCAAAGAUUGUAAAGCUGCACUUGCUGAGAUAUCGGAAUUGUCUUGUGAUGUUAAAGAGAAUAUGCAGAGGAUCGAGAAUUUCCAAAAAUUGACAGAACUAAGGCGAGAUCUCGUUGGUAUUGACAACCUCGUCGCUCCAGGCAGGGAGUUUCUUCGGGAAGGUUGUCUUCAUAAAUUAUCACGCAAAGGGUACCAGCAGCGAAUGUUUUUCCUGUUCUCCGAUACUCUGAUGUACUCCAGCAAAGGACUUACACCCACCAAUCAGUUCAAAGUUCACGGACAAAUACCUUUAAAGGGAAUUAAGGUCGAGGAUGAGCAAAAUCGUCAAAUGACAAAUUGUUUCACGAUCACCGGCAGUAAUAAGCCGGUUGUCAUAGCAGCAAGCACACCUGAAGAAAAGCAAAGAUGGAUGCAUGACAUCAACACAGGCAUUCUAAUUUCAGAACAUGGAGAUAAGACAGCACAAGUUGGUACACUUGACCCAGACCCCGUGUUUGAUGAAUCGGAGGAGGAACAUUCAUCACCGAGAGGCUCCUUGGACCGCAUUGCUCAUCACCGCGCCAACACCACCGUUCACGUAUGCUGGCACCGAAACACCAGCGUCAGUAUGGCUGACCAUCAAAGAGCCGUUGAGAAUCAAUUGAGUGGAUACUUGUUGAGGAAAUUCAAAAACAGCAAUGGUUGGCAGAAACUCUGGGUUGUUUUUACCAAUUUCUGCCUCUUCUUUUAUAAAAGUUAUCAGGAUGACUACCCAUUGGCUAGCUUGCCACUGUUAGGAUACACAGUUGAGCAACCUUCAGAGAGUGAUGAUAUCAAGAAGGACUAUGUUUUCAAACUCCAGUUUAAAACUCAUGUUUACUUCUUUCGAGCAGAAAGUGAAUACACCUAUGGAAGAUGGAUUGAAGUCCUCGGAAGUGCCACCUUUAGUAGCAAAGUCGAUUCUUAACAAGACACUCGGCAUUGAUAUUGUGAAGUAAAUCUACAAAAAAAAACAAAAAAAUUGGGAAGUACAACUGCAAGUGUGGAAGGGAGAUGAACAAUAUGAAGAAAUGAAUCUGCUGCAUGAAUUAAAAUUAAUUUUGAAAAAAGACUGCAUGAAAUUGUAAAACUUUCAUGAAACGUUCUUGUAUAAAGAAAAUGCUAUAAACUGAGCCUUAUUCUGCUUGAUUUUUAUAACUGUACUCUAAAUUCUGCAAAAUGUCUGAUUUCAUCAGUGUUUUAAGUUAAUCCCGUGGGAAUGGAUUGAAGGUCGUAGGUCCUUAAGGAGUGAUAACCUGGAAAGAAAAUGAUGUUAAAAAGACAGCAAAUGAUUUCCAAAAAUAUGAACUGCAAAGUUGCAAAGAAGUCCAUUCAUUAUGUUUUAAAUAAAUAAAGAAAAAAUAUCUGUCACUGUUGAUAAAAUGGUUGCCAGGUAAAGUCUAGAAACUGUACAUUUUAGUGGCCAGAAUGCUGUUACAAAUCAGAAUCUGUACAAUGUAGUUUAACAAAAUGCGGUAGGUUCUAAAACUGCUUAACAUCGUGUGAUGGAUUAACUGGUUGAUAGUGUUUCACAUAUAUGUAAAUAAACGUCAAUGAUUUUUCAUUCUUGGUACUCCAAAAAGUGGGCAUCUUACUUCUCUUUUUUAAAAAAAGACAUUUAUUUUGGGGUGAAUUUUAUUUUUGUAGGACAUUAGGUACAUUGGACUGUUUUCUAAUCCAUAUAAAUGCAAUAAUCUUACUGGUAUUGCAUUCGCUAUUCACUUUUUUAUGCUUCAGGGUACAGCUUGGGAUUAACUAGGGUUUUAUGGUGAUUAGUAGGAUUUAUGUAUUAAAUAUCAUAAUUUUUUUAAAAGAAUUGGUGCUGUUGGAUGAACAUUAAAGGUCAGAAUGACUUCAAUGUAAUUUAGGAGUUGUUGGAUGUACUAUAGAUAACUGAUCCUAGAUAUCAUUUGCAUUAAAAGGUUUUUAGUCUGCUUGGUUUUUAAAUAUCUGUAAGACUAGUCCAUGUCCACUUGGCUUAUAGGCCAUGUUUAUAUGGUUGAGCUGAGCCGCCAAGCAGUGUUUAUGGCUAGGCUGCCAGGCUAUGCUCAAGGACAGGCUAUGCCUUUAACAAUAAGAAUGAAGCGGAACUCAUGGUAUUAAGAGGUCUAGAAGCUAACUAGUAUUUGAUUGCCACUUGGUCAGUUGUGUUUUCAUAAUUUAUAAGCUUAAGUUGGCUUGGUCAUUUUUAGAUGUACACUAUUUUAAUCCAAAAACUUAAAGUAUGUAUCUGCAUUUGUUUUAUGUGCUAAUAUUUCAUAAGAACAAUGGUAACAUUGAAUGCUUUUAAACAUAUUUUAUUCUCAAACUAUUUUAGUAUCUUUCAGUGUACUGUAUUUCUUAAGGCACAAACCUCAUGUCCAUUUCACAAUGUUUUUAUAUGGAUUACAUUCAGAUUAACGUAUGUAAAUUAUUGUUCUGGACAUGCCGUAUAUGUACACAUGAAUAUGUUUGUAAACAGUGCUAUGGAUUUUUGAGCACACAUUAAACCCAUGUGCACUUCACAUUUUUAAAAAGAAUAUGGACUACCUUGAGAUUAACCUAAAAAAAAUGUAUUCACACAUGCAUAUGUAAAUUGUGGUUGUGUACACAUGGUGUGUCUGUGCACAUAUAUGUACAUACGAUUCAUAUGUUCAAAUUAGCACGCACACGUAAAUGUGAUAUAGGCAUAUUAUUAUUAUUUACAUGCACACGCUAUGUUAAUGUGCAUAUAUGAUUCAUUAUGUAGAUAUGUAUACGCAUUAAUAUGGUGUGUGUAAAUAUGAUGCACAGAAGUGUGUAAAGCCAAGAUAUGGUUUUGCUGCAGUCUGUGUAAGGUUUAAGUUUUAUGCUGUAGCAAUAAACAAUUGUGUUGUUAUGAUCAAUGUGCACACAUAUAAUCGUGAUAUGAUCUGUGUGCACACAGAUUAUCUUUUUUAUAUGAUAUGAUCUGUGUGUACACAGAUAAAAAUUAUGAUAUGACAUGAUAUGCUAUAAUCUGUGUGCUCACAUAUAAUCAUGAUAUAUGAUCUGUGUGUACACAAUCAUGUUAUGCUAUGAUUUGUGUGCACACAGAUAAUCAUUGUGAUAUGAUACGUUUGCACACAGAUAAUCAUUGUGAUAUAUGUGUGCACACUGAUAAUCAUUGUGAUAUAUGUGUGCACACUGAUAGUCGUGAUAUGCUAUGAUCUGUGUGCACACGGAUAAUCAUUGUGAUAUGAUACAUGUGCACACAGAUAAUCAUUGUGAUAUAUGUGUGCACACUGAUAGUCGUGAUAUGCUAUGAUCUGUGUGCACACAGAUAAUCAUUGUGAUAUGAUACAUGUGCGCACAGAUAAUCAUUGUGAUAUAUGUGUGCACACUGAUAGUCGUGAUAUGCUAUGAUCUAUGUGCACAUGGAUAAUCAUUGUGAUAUGAUACAUGUGCACACAGAUAAUCAUUAUGGUAUGCUAUGAUCUGUGUGCACACAGAUAAUCAUUGUGAUAUGAUAUAUUUGUGCACACUGAUAGUCGUGAUAUGCUAUGAUCUGUGUGCGCACAGAUAAUCAUUAUGUUAUGCUAUGUUCUGUGUGCACACAGCUAAUCAUUGUGAUAUGAUAUGAUAUGAAAUGUGUGCACACUGAUAGUCGUGAUAUGCUAUGAUCUGUGUGCACACAGAUAAUCGCUGUGUUGUGAUAUGAUCUGUGUGCACACAGAUAAUCCAUGGACAUGAACAAGCCUGGCUAAAAUUUGGAUCAUUAUUAACUCAUUAUGGAUCAUUCUAUAAAUUUGAGAUGCACUGUGAUAAAGUUGGUUGUGUUUUGGGAAAGCGAGUGCUAUUUUAUGUUAACCAGGGUCGAAUGAUAACCGACGAAAAUGUAAUAUUAUUAUUAUUCACAACGAAAACAUGUAUUCUUAGUGUAAAAACUGGCAGAGCAAAUUGAACAUGAAUUUAUUAAAUGUAAUUUAAAAUUAUGAUCUGCCUUAAAAUAAAAUGUGAAAUGUUAUCUGCUCCCUAAAUAUGAUUUGGAUUAACACUGCAGUUAUUUACUUAUGUUUUCUGGAUGUAGUCAAUAGAGGGGGUACGUCAAUUUAUGUAUCUAGAGGGGGUAAGUCAGUUAAUGUAUCAAGUGAAGGCGUUAAUUUAGGUUGAUUUAUAUGGUGAUACGAUAAUGUUAGAUAAUUUAAACAAACUCCUUGAAUGUAGAUCCACUUAAUUUUCUCUGUAUGUAUUGAUUAUUUACGAUAAAAGAUGUCCUGCCAAAUUUAUAUAAAUAAAUUUCUUGAUAAGUA